UUCUCUGUCAGCAAGGAAAUCUAUGGCGUAUUUUGUCUGCAAUCGUUUAUUUUAUCUCCUUUGUAUUUAUGGAAAUACAAGAAAUUUUAUGCACAAAGAUAUUCGGUGGUACGAUACGCUACUCUUACCGUAAUGCUCCUGGGCUCUUUGUUAAGUGCAGCACUGAUGGGUUUUAAUGCAGUGUAUGCCAUCGUUAUGCCAAGAAGCGGACCGCAUAUUAGUCCAAUUGUUAUUGCCUUAGCUGGAAUACCGAACUUCCUCAUUAGUCUCCGAGGAUUUCUGGGAAUGUUGAUAAUGUUCUGGAAGAGAGAUAACCUUGUUACGCUUAUUUCCGCUGCCGAAAAUAUAGCACAAACAACUUUUUCACAACGUGCAGUUUUGGCAAAAAAUUGCAGAACGUGGUUAACGUUCAAUAUCGUUUUGGCCGGUUUUUGUCUCGUGACCUUUAUCAUUGUAUUUUCAUUAAGCUGGCUGCAUGGAUUUGAGUACGAAAAUCGGUCAAUGUAUGGCACUUAUUCUUUGCUUAUGGACACUUUAACCAUGCCAGUGUGGUCAUACAUUGUCCUGCAAGUGACCUUUAUAUAUAUUCCCUACUAUUUUACACAACUAAUGUUGAUUGCCGCGGUUAGUAUGGGAUACAUAUUAGGCGAUUGCAGCACCGCUCUUAAUGAUGACCUUCGGCAGUUCGCGAAAACCUUAAAUUCAACGGUCAGCAAAUUAAACAAACUACCCGAUAAUGAACAUCAUGACCAAGCCGGGAGCACUCUACAAAAUUUUGACAAAUUGUUCGCGGAGAUUAAGCGCCACGCACACCUCCGCGAGAGGCUGUUCCACUUCUCGGACCAAUGGAACGAGCAUUUUGGAUUUUUUGUCUUCCUGUCGUAUAUUGCGGACGUGGGUGCGGCUGCAGGAAUGUUGACAGUAUUGGUAACCGGAAGCGAAACUUCAAGUGUUGAGUUUCCUGCCAAAUUAUCGGGAGCACUGGGGUUUGUCUUGUUUGCUACGAUGACUUAUUUACCUUUGGCAACAGCAGCUGAAAUGGCUGCCCACGCAAAAAUUAUUCUGUAUGAAGCGAUUGGCACGGCGUACGAACUUCAUGACAAAUUCAACAUGCAAACAUUAUGGAACAGUGUUAAAGAUUUCAGUGUGAUGGUGUCGCUGUAUCCUAUUCACUUCCAUGCGUGCGGGUUUUUCUUUGUGGAGCGCAAAUUCAUUGUGACGACGCUGACGCUUUUGGUGUCGUUCACAAUUAUACUGGUAGAAUUUCUGUCCAAGGUCGGAGAAGAACGGGAAGUCUUGUCCGAAGAUGCCCUGCGUCCUGCCAUACGUGACAUGCUGGCCAUGCACUUGGGAAUAAACUUUUCAUUUCUACAGAAGGCACACAGCAAUCUAAAAUUUGUAUAG